UAAGUUUUCUCUCUUUUGUUUUCCUUCCUCCCCGUACGUCGGCUAAUCGCAUCAGGUAUCUUCGUCCCCCACCCCAACUCUCUCUCUCUCUCUCUCCUCCGCUGUCUCCGGUCCCUUCUGCCGCCGUGUACAGCGCCAAUCCUCUGAAACUUCAACGACGGCAUGGGUUGGUGCCCUCACUGCAAGGAGAAUCACCCCACACACCGUGAUUAUGAUACCGGCACCAUGAUAUCUUGUUCUAAUUGUGGAAAAGUGCUUCAACACGACGAGUUCACUGACGAGCCUACUUUUGUCAAGGGCGCUGGAGGAGAGAGCCGAUUAGCAGGUAGUUAUGUCAAGAGUUUUCAAUCUGAUUACUCAGAGUCAUUUAGAAGGACCAUAGACAAAGGGAAGCAAAAAAUCCAUGAAUUAGCAGUAUCACUAGGUAUAGAGGAUGGUGGUGCUAUCAACCUAGCUGAUGCAUUCUAUAAGAUAGCUGUUGAGCGUAGUUUUACCAAGGGGCGGAGAACCGACCAAGUUGCAGCAGCUUGCCUUUAUAUUGCUUGCCGGGAAAACAAAAAGCCUUUUCUACUUAUUGAUUUCUCCAUUUGUUUGGGUAUAAAUGUGUAUGUACUUGGUGCUGUCUUUCUACAGCUUUGCCAAUUGUUAAGUCUCCAAGAGCAUCCUAUUGUUCAAAAGGCAGUCGAUCCCAGCCUUUUUAUUAGUCGAUAUACGAAUGCAUUAGUGGGAGAAAAUAGGAAGGUUAAUAGCACUGCUUUACACAUAAUAGCCAGCAUGAAGCGAGACUGGAUGCAGACAGGCAGAAAACCCAGCGGGCUAUGCGGCGCAGCAGUGUAUAUCUCAGCUCUCUCACAUGGGUUCAAAUGUUCAAAGUUGGACAUUGUGAAAGCUGUUCAUGUAUGUGAAGCAACAUUGACAAAACGGCUGAUAGAGUUUGAGAAUACAGAUUCUGGGAGCUUAACAAUUGAAGAGCUCAUUAGGAAUGCUGAUGAGCUAAAAAAGGAGGAUCGUUUAAGCAAACUGUCAGAUGCUAAUUCCCGAAAUUCUGAGACAAUGGAAGUGCUAUGUCAACACAAAGACCGAAAGCCUCAUUUUGCUGGACUGUGUGAAAGUUGUUGUCAAGAAUUCAUCGAACUCUCUGGUGGCAUCCAUGGAGGAGCAGACCCUCCUGCUUUCCAGAUUGCAGAAAGGGAGAGAUUAGCCGAAGUAUCUUCUGAGAAGGUUACAGAUUCAAGUUUUAUCUUGAAGCCUCAUCGACACGAAGGCAGUGACGAGCAUAUCAGUGAAGUGGAAUUGGAACAUUCCACUAAAGCCAACCAAAAUGCGACUGAAGCUGAGACAGCUAACUUCACAGAGUCUGCUUGUGCUUCUUCUGUAGAAGAUCAGGCCACAAUUGGUGAUGAUGCUGAUAUAUUUCAGAAGUCUAACGAUACAAAUAGUAUUGCUGAUGAACCAGACAGACUUUCGGAUAUUGAUGAUGAUGAGGUGGAAGGCUACCUAAACAAUGAGGAGGAGUGUUACUAUAAGAAGAUUAUUUGGGAAGAAAUGAACAAAGAAUAUCUUCAGGAACAAGCAGCAAAGGAAGCAGCAGCAGCAGCUGCUUUUAAGGACCUUAGUGGGGCUUCUGAUGAAAUGCGCAGUGCUCAAGAACUUGCUGCUGCCGCUAAUGCUGCGGUAGCAAAAUCAAGGGAGGAACGACGGAAAAAACGAGCUUCAGAAAAUGGCAAUCCUGCUCAAACAGCUGCAGAAGCAACCCGCCAAAUGCUAACAAAGAAGGGAUUGAGUUCGAAGAUCAACUAUGAUGUACUCGAUAAACUCUUCGAUGAUCAGCCCGUUCAUGAUACCAAAAGAACUCGCAUUGAAUCGCCGCGUGCUAGUGACAUUGACGUCCAACAACAGUUCAGCAAGGAACGAAAUGGAGCAUAUACUGAUUAUGAUGGCGAUGAGAAGGAAGAAGAGAAUGGAGAAGUGGAAGACAUGGGCGGUGAAGAACCGGACGAAUGGUAUUCUAGAAAUGAGGAGGAAGUAGAGGAUUAUAGCUAUUAUGACAAUGAUGGAGAUGAUGAAUAUUGAUUUUCCUUUUGCUGAUUGAUUCCAUUUUCAAAUAGGAUUUUCAGGUGAUAGUUAUUAGGAUUUGUUGGGAUACUCCCUUUUGUCCAUUUUGGAAGAGUUGAAGGUGGGAAAAUAGGGGCAAAAAGAAUGCUUAGUAUAAGAGAUAUAAUGAUGGUGAUACAACUGUAGAGCUGGACCUCCUGAAACCUCAGUGUACAAUAAUAUUUAGUUAAAAUUGCUAGUGAAAAUUGUAUAAAUUUCUGUUUUUCUGAA